AUGAUAAUGAACAGGAUUAUAUUCGGGGUGUUUCUCAUCCUCACGUGCCGGCCCCCGUCCGUGCACCGGCACCCACCCCCACUACUGUCCCCCACUGGCAGCGGUGGCGGCUGCGGGUGGUGCGGUCUAUCGGCGAUCGGCGUUCAGGCGACUCCACUUGCGCAAGCCCCAAACUUGGCAGCCGGGGGAGCCGACUCGACGAUCAACCCGUUCAUCCGGUACUGGGAACCGGCUCGAUUCGAUCGUACCCAGCUGGAGCAGGCCCACCAGCACCACGAACAGCACCGACGGCGUCGCAGGAGCAUCAACUACGAGCAUGGUUCUUCCGCGUACGGGCCUGCCAACGUCGUGCGGUUAAACUUUCGGGCUCAUGAUCGCGACUUCCGGUUGGUGUUGCGGGAGGACCCGCGGUCGGUGUUUUCCCGCGAUGUUCAGAUCGAAAACACCGAGGGCCCGAUGGACUACGAUCUAUCGCGGAUCUACACUGGCACGGUGGAAGACGAUGAGCAUUCGCACGUCCAUGGUGUGCUGACCAGCGACAACCUGUUUGAUGGAACGGUCGUGACGAACUUAGAGCAAUACUACAUCGAACCAGCCGCCCGAUACUCACCAGAACUCGAGCGGCGGCACGGUGUCCAUACUGUGAUCUACAAACUCAGCGACGUGAAGAUUCACCAGAACCACCAUGGCCAUCACCGGCCGCUGAGGGCUGACGUCGUCAACCCACCGUCCAACGUCAGCGUUCAAUCGAAGGACGACAUAGGAAGGACGACACCGGCCGUGGUUGAUCAGCCGGAUCAACGUCGGGUUGGUGCUGCAUCACGAAAAGCACGCAGAAAACGGCGCUGGCUCGAGGAAGAACAAGUGAUACAGGAGAGUAGAAACCCAUCGCUGCCACUAGAUCUAGAAGUGCCGUACAACAACGACUACACGGUGGUGCGCAACCCCGGCAAGCCGUCCCAGGACGAGAGCUCGAUCCUGGCGCCGGCAUCGCCCACUCGACCCACCAUCAACCGCACGGUGAACCGAGGCAUCAUCGGUGGUACUGGCGGUGGAGCUCCAGCCAUCCGGACGCCUACGCCGGCGAUCAACAAUCGCAAGAAUCACUUCCUGUACAACAUCUACAACCCACAUGGCAGUGGCAGCACCAUCAUAACCGGUGGUGGUGGAUUGGUGUCCGUUGGAGGUGGAGCUGGCCCUGAGCAGCAGUUUCCGUGGACACGCUCAGUCAACGUGACGGCUGGUACGAGCCACAACAAGGAUCAUUACGUCGAGAUCAUCACAAAGAACGGCUCGACACGCAAGAACGUCCCCGUGGCGGUGGAUCACCCGGACGUGCUGGUCAAUGGGAAUGUGAACCUGAACGUGCGGAAUGAUCUGCACGAUCACCAUCAUCACCAUCAGCAGCAGUUGCAGCAACAGCAACAGCAGCAAAAGUCCUUCGCCAACUCGCUGUACGAUCGGAAGAGUACGUGUAUGCUGUAUCUGCAGGCGGACCAUACCUUCUUCCAGAAGAUGGGCUCGGAUGAAGCGAGUAUCGAAGCCAUCACUCGGCACGUGCAGCGGGCCAAUCUCAUCUACCGGAAAACAGAUUUCAACGGUGACGGCAAACCGGACAACAUUACCUUCAUGAUCAAGCGCAUCAAGGUGCACAACCAGAACGCACUGAAGGAUCCAUUGUACCGGUUUCCCGGCAGCUACGGUGUGGAAAAGUUCCUAGAACUGUUUUCAGAGGAAGACUACGAUGCGUUCUGUCUGGCGUACAUGUUCACGUACCGCGACUUCGAAAUGGGCACCCUCGGACUGGCCUGGACUGGUGACCUCAAAAACGCGGGUGGCGUCUGCGAGAAAAACGGGCAUUACCGCGGUUCUCUGAAGUCGCUCAACACCGGCAUCGUCACCCUGCUCAACUAUGGCAAGCACGUCCCACCGGCCGUAUCCCACGUGACGCUGGCGCACGAAAUUGGACACAACUUCGGUUCACCGCACGACCCAGAGCAGUGUACGCCCGGUGGAGAGGACGGCAACUUCAUCAUGUUUGCACGGGCGACGUCCGGCGACAAGCGCAACAACAAUCGCUUCAGUCCGUGCUCGCUGAAGGCGAUCGAGCCGGUCCUGAACGCGAAAGCACGCAGCGCCAAAGGCUGCUUCACGGAACCGCAAGAAGCGAUCUGUGGCAACGGUGUGGUGGAACCGGGUGAACAAUGUGAUUGCGGCUGGGAGGAAGACUGCAAGGAUUCGUGCUGUUAUCCGAUGUCGCGCCAUCACCGAUUCGAUCAGAAACCGUGCACACUGACACCGAAGGCCCAAUGCAGUCCUUCACAGGGUCCUUGCUGUACGCUCGAGUGCACACUCAAGCUCGGGGACAAGUGCCGCGACGAUAACGGAUGCCGUGAUCCUGCGUACUGUGACGGACGCAUGCCUGUCUGCCCGCCGUCCAUUAACAAACCGAACAAGACGAUCUGCAACAAGGAGUACGUGUGCUACAUGGGUGAUUGCACCGGUUCCAUCUGCUUGGCGUACGGACUCGAGAGCUGCCAGUGUGCCGUGGGUCCAACCGAUCCUGCCAUCAAGGCGUGCGAGUUGUGCUGCAAACAACCGGGCGAAGAUAAACCCUGUCUAAGCUCGUUCGAUUGGGAUGAACCUCCGUACGAUGUGCCGGAUAUGUACGCGAAACCGGGCACACCUUGCAACGACUACAAUGGGUACUGUGACGUGGCGCAGAAGUGCCGUGAAGUCGAUCCAUCAGGACCUCUGGCAACGCUUCGGAAACUACUGCUGUCGGAGGAAAGCAUCGCCAGCUUUAAGAAGUGGAUCCUCGGCAAUUGGUACACGGUGGCGCUGAUCGUGACGGCUGUGCUUGUGCUUUUGGUGCUGAGCGCGAAACUGCUGGGCAAGCGCACCAAUCUAAAGCUGAAAACGGUCACAAUCAUCCACAGUGCGACGACGGAAACGGUCCGCCUGCCGGACGACAACAACGGUGUGAUAGUGCACACGGCCGUCCGCACGAAAGUACCACUGAAAAAGAAGGUCCGUGGCGAACGCUCGAAACCAUCAGCCAAGGGUCCAAAAGCACCACCAGUCCCGGCAGUGGCUGCGGCAACCAACGCGCCAAAACAACUCCUAACCACAGUGAACGGAGCGAACACCACCACAACCGCCGUGCUACGAUCCACCACGAAGGACCUUCAGCAACGCCAACAGGCAUCCGGGACGGGCGGUCCAACCACUGGCGGCAAUCCAGCCACCAUAGUCAUUAAGCAGGUGAAACGGCACGUCGGUCGAACGACCACAACGACAACAGCUGCCGCAACCAGCUCGGAGAGUCCCAAAAAGUUGCUAAAGCGCAAGAAGAAACGCUCGAGUGGUGGUGGUGCCGGUGCCGGAGCCGGUGGUCCUUCCGAUGAAUCUCCCGUCAAAGAGCCGGUAACGGGAAAGCAACCGAAAAAGCACAAGAAACCCAAAUCGAAGCAUAAAGAAGUGAUCGAUUAUUCGAGCCGCAACGCGUCGGAUGCGCACAGUCACAGCAACACGUUCGGGAAGGUACACCGGUGGUUGCUGGAGUCCCCGGUGGUGGCUUCUGGGGUGGGAGGAUACGAACGAACUCCACCCGUGACGGGUAUCCUUAGCAAGAGUCAAUCAACACCCGAUCAUCUCGUGCAACCUGCCGGUGUUGUGGCAUCAGCUGUUGUUCCGACGGUUGCUCGAUCGCCUAAAAAAGCACGCGUUAAAACUAAAUCCGUGGGAAAUCUGAACGAGAAGGUACGGUUGCAGGUCGUGUACAAACCACCGUUUAAGUUCAGCUUGAAGCUUUCUAAAACCGAUCCCACGGUGGUGGCUGGUGUUAAAACGCAUGUCCUACCAGGACCGACGGCGAUGGGUGGUGCGAGACGUAAAUCACGUGUCCUCACCGACCGGAAACGAGUGGGACCAGGAGGUGAAGAUGGAGUCCGCAAGCGAUCGGCCAUUUUGAUUCGACAGGUCCCGACGGAAGAGCAACAACCGAUAAUGGCGUCGGAACCGAAUUACGAAACGCUUAAUCCACGGCGUGAGAGUGAACUCGAGCAAGGACGAGGACAGCCGGAUGUCGAGGACGAAUCGCACACGUACGAAAACGUCACAUUCGGUCGGGGUGAUGAGUCACCGGAGUCACCGAUCACGAGCUCGCAGGAUCCACUGCAGGUGCCAUCGAUCAAUACGGCAACGUUUAGGAUCAGUCGAAGUGCGAGUGGAAUUGCUCGAGGUGCUUCCGUCGGGCAGCGUGCUGGUGCAGGCAAUCUCGACUCGAAUAGUGGCCGAAAUCGACGCUCAAGUGUCCAUAAUGGCUGCCCGGGAGUGUUCCGAACGUCAGGUGGUGACAGCACGGAGUGUUUGAUUCGUUCCAGCACGAGCAAUCUCAAUCGACCUGCGGGUGGACGAAAUAGGAGUAGUUUUGCGGAGCAAAAGCGUGCCAGCACGACUAACCUGAGCCGGCAUCAGUCUGGGUCGGCUUCGAAUUUACACUCACUCAAACGGCACGGAUCCUCGAGCCAAGCGCUGCUGCCGGAUUCGGGAUCCGGUAGUCGACGGAACAGCAUGACGCGGCUUUCACGCUCGGUUUCGAAUGGAGCACCAGCGGCUGCGAAUGGUACGCUUGGGAGUAAUUCCAGCAAUGGCAGCCAUGGGUAUCAUGGUCAGCAUCAACACCAUCAUCAUCAUCAUCACCAGCAUCAGCGAAGGAGCAGUGUAAGCAAAAUGGCACCACAACAACAGCAACUGACAGCAGCUUUGACACGACAAACGUCACUGAACGUCAAAACGACACCCGGUGCAGGACAUUCGACGCACGCCCGUCCACACACGUCGUCCUGUGCGGAUGAUCCGAAACUCCAGCGAUCGUUUGAAUGGCCUGCCGUUGGUCCUGGAGGUCCUGGCCGACGACCACCGGACGAGCCACUUCCGUCCGAUCUCGAAGUGAUGGUGUCGGAUGUGGAAAAUCUCGUCACCGAUAGAUAG